AGUUGCGCUCGGUGUGAGCGUGUGUGCGUGUGUCGUUUUUUAAAGCGGUAAACUGCUGUGCUGAAGGAGAGGACAUUUUAUUUUCAUCAACUCUUUUUUUAAAUAUGGAAACUAGCGUGCAAUUUCUUUUGUAUUUUAUGGAAUAUUAAAACGAACGGGGCACGCCGGAAACUAUCGACACAGUCAUCAGUUCCUGACAGAAAAUAAUGUCCAUAGACGGUGGCGUAUUAAGCAUUGAGUCAUCUCGCGUGGACGUCCACAAAGCAGCGCGUCAUUUCAACGCUGUUUUGAGGUGUUUCCUUCGCAACGUCUGCGCAGCGUUUGUGUCCCUGUCAUUCUGAGGCGUAUAAUGACUAUGUCAGUCCCGGAGAGAAACUCUGGAUCUGAGGAGAAGGAAGAGGAGAGCGAGGAUGAGAGUGAAAUCGUGGAGGAGAGUCCGUGUGGACGCUGGCAGAAGCGAAAAGAGCAGGUGAGUCAGGGGAAUGUUCCUGGAGUGGAGAAUGCCUCUCUGGCCAUGGACACUGAAGAGGGUGUUGAGGUGGUCUGGAACGAAGUUCUCUUCCAUGACAAGAAGGUCUUUAAGACAGUGGAGGACAAAAUGAAGGAGAUGUUUGAGAACCUGAUGCAGGUGGAUCAUCCCAACAUCGUCAAAUUUCACAAAUACUGGCUGGACAUUGGGGACAAUCAUGCUCGGGUUGUGUUCAUCACAGAAUACAUGUCGUCUGGCAGCCUGAAACAGUUCCUUAAAAAGACCAAGAAAAACCACAAGACCAUGAAUGUCAAGGCCUGGAAACGCUGGUGUACACAGAUUCUCUCUGCCCUCAGUUACCUGCACUCCUGUGACCCUCCCAUAAUUCACGGCAACCUCACAUGUGACACCAUCUUCAUUCAGCACAACGGCCUCAUUAAAAUUGGAUCAGUUUGGCACAGGCUCUUUGUGAAUGUGUUCCCAGAAGGGGGUGUCCGUGGUAAAAUACUCCAAAACCGAGAUGACAAGAGGAACCUGCACUUCUUCAGUCCGGAGUACGGCUCAUGUGAAGAUGACUAUGCCAUUGACAUCUUUUCCUUUGGGAUUUGCGCUUUGGAGAUGGCCGUGUUGGAGAUCCAGGCCAAUGGGGAUUCUGUCGUGUCCAAGGAGGCCAUAACCAAUGCGGGCCAAUCCUUAGAAGACCCCCUUAUGAGGGAGUUCACCCAGUCAUGUGUGCGUCACAACCCCAGACUCCGCCCAACGGCACAUGACCUGCUGUUUCACCGCGUGCUGUUUGAAGUGCACUCGCUGAAGCUGCUCGCAGCACACUGCCUCAUCAAUAACCAGUACAUGCUUUCAGAAAACUGUGUGGAGGAGAAGACCAAAUCAUUCGACCCAAAUGGAGUUAUGGCAGAGAUUAUUCACAAAGAUGAUCGUCCCCGCGUUCAGCUGAAGUAUUCUCAUGUUUCUCCUCUAGAGCUGGACAAGUUUCUGGAGGAUGUGAAGAAUGGCAUUUACCCGCUGAUGAACUUUGCGUCCACUCGACCCCAUCCUGUACCUCGCGCCCUCUCCAUGUCCCAAGAACAGGUGGAGACAGUGAAGACCCCAACGCCUGAGCCACAAGAGGGAGAAACCAGGAAGGUGGUACAGAUGCAUUGUAACCUGGAGUCUAAUGAAGACACUGCUAAAACUCAUCUCACCCUUUUCUUGAAGAUGGAUGAUAAACUCCAUCGGCAGCUCAGCUGUGAUAUUAUGCCAAGUGACAGUUCCAGAGAUUUGGUCAAUGAACUUAUCCAUCAUUCCUUCAUCAGUGAGGAGGAUGGCGACAGGAUAGUGGCGUUCUUGGAGGACGCUUUGAGCCGACAUCGCGGGUCCGCUAGUGCCAUAACAACGAUAUGAA